AGAGCCAGCACUUCCCUUUUCACUACGCAGCUGACUAGAGACCCGAGUCAUAUGAUUUUCAGUCAGGAAACUCCCCAGUUGCUGCAGAGAUGGAGCUGCUGCUUAGACAACAUGUUAUCCUGCUGCUUUUCCUGCUGACUUUGGGUUCAGGUGCAGUUAUAAAGCAAUCAAAAGAACAGAAAGAAGCAUGGGGGUAUGUAACAGUCAGAAGCAAUGCACACAUGUUCUGGUGGCUCUACUAUGCAAACAACUCUGCCAAAAAUUUCACGGAAUUACCGCUCAUUAUGUGGCUUCAGGGAGGUCCAGGAGCUUCAGGCUGUGGAUUUGGGAACUUUGAAGAAAUUGGUCCCUUGGAUGCAGAACUGAAACCAAGAAAUACAACCUGGCUGCAGGCAGCCAGUUUACUGUUUGUCGAUAAUCCCAUUGGCACUGGAUUCAGUUACACAAAUGAUAGUGAUGCGUUUGCAAAAGAUCUCUCCACUGUAUCUUCCGAUAUGCUGGUUCUGCUUAAAGAAUUCUUCAGGUCGAUGAAAGAAUUCCAGACUAUUCCAUUCUACAUCUUCUCAGAAUCGUAUGGAGGAAAAAUGGCAGCUGGAAUCGCUUUAGAGCUGUAUAAGGCUAUUCACGAUGGGAGCAUAGAGUGCAAUUUUGGUGGGGCUGCUCUUGGAGAUUCAUGGAUUUCUCCUGUAGAUUCUGUGCUUUCCUGGGGGCCUUACCUUUACAGCACUUCUCUCCUUGAUGAUCAAGGUCUAGUAGAAGUGACUGCCGCUGCCAAAAAGGUCAUGAAUGCAGUGAAUAAAGGGCAGUACACACUGGCCACUUUGCUCUGGUGUCAUACCGAGGAUGUAAUUGAACAGAACACUGACAACGUGAAUUUCUAUAACAUCCUAGCCAAGAAGUCUCCAGAUCUCAAAGCCUCGAAACAUGAAAAUACCCAUCUUCUUAAACUUUACCAGCGCCAUGUCGAACGUCUGCAUAAGGACAGCUUAAGUGACCUGAUGAAUGGACCCAUCCGAAAGAAGCUGACAAUCAUUCCUGACUCUGUCACAUGGGGAGGUCAGUCAAAAGAAGUCUUCUUACACAUGGCCGAAGACUUCAUGAAGCCUGUCACUGAUAUUGUGGAUGCGCUGCUGGCAGCCAAUGUCAACGUUACUGUCUAUAACGGACAGCUGGAUCUCAUUGUGGACACCAUGGGCCAGGAGGCAUGGGUUCGGAAACUGAAAUGGCCUAAACUGAAGCAGUUCAGCCAACAAAAAUGGAAGGCUCUGUAUGGAUCUCCAGAGUCCUCUGAGACAGCUGCUUUCCAUAAGUCCUAUGAGAACUUGGCCUUCUACUGGAUUCUAAAGGCUGGGCACAUGGUACCAUCCGAUCAAGGGGACAUGGCGUUGAAAAUGGUCAGGAUGGUGACACAGCAGAAACACUGGUGAAAUGGAUGCCAGCUGGCAUGGUUUUCACAUACAACUCCAGUGCAUUAGCAGAACUUGUGCCACAGACUGAACUUCAGAAGGAACAAUCACUCUGUGGAAAGUUAGCCUCUUUUACACUUUGGUAAUGUGCAAGGCAUUUAAGGAGAUGCAUGGUUAUUCUUAAAUGAAAUGCUGCCUUUGAAUCUGUAAACUGUGAUUCUCUGCCUCAAUACUGCUCACCCUGACUUUUCCUAUGAGAACUUCACUCUGAUAAAUAACACACUCCGACGCUUCUUUGAGGAUUGCCCAAAUGCUCUUUGUCUGUUUAUGCACCAAUAUUAAGAUGAGUUUGCUGCUCUAAAGAUUCAACCUCAGGCAGCAAGCCGGCUUCCAUAAGCUGCGGAUGCUUUUUCCUAAACGGAUGACUUGGCAUCUGAGUCAGACAGCAUUGCUUUCUAGCUAGACGCCGCAGAGUGGCUGUGCUAGGACUUCAUUUUGGAUACAGAUCCAGUUUGGACUGAGGUGUGUGUUCAUACUGAACCACUCUUUCUACUCUUGAGCCUCCUCUUUCUUGUGCAAUAUCCAAGAUUCGUUUUUUAAUGCACUCAGUGCCACACAAUCAUCGCUCAGUACUUAAUAUGAGAAUAAUCAAUGUGCCAAUACUUUCUCUUCAUAGAACGAGCCAAAGUUCUAAUGGAUAAGAGCUGCUAGGCUCCUGGCUUCAACCCAGAAAGCGAAUAGGAGAAGGUUAUUUAAGCGAUAAGGAGGAGGCAUAAGUCAGAACAAAUACCCCAUCCAUAUUUUUCUAGAACUUGGAUUGAGUCUUGCCGUGAGCUAUUGGCUUUGCCAUUUGAAGUGGAGAUUCUUUAUAAAGUGUAAUUAUCCCAGUUCCCAAGUGAAAACAAUCACACACAUGAAGUAUUUGAAUCACUUCAUUCCUGGUGUACAGCUGCAAUCCCCUUUGAAAAUGACCCUUUUUAUUGACACUCAGGCAGCUUGUUCCAGUUGUCAGAAUCCUAAAUAAAUAGCAAACAGCCCUGUGCCUCCCCACAUAUGAAACGUAAGAGUAUUAGCGUAGCAACUAUUGCAGUGUAAUGCUGUGUAAACACAUGUGCACAAACUCUACUGUUAGAGCAUCAGUAAGCUGAAACUGUGCUAUGGGGAACUUUGGCAAUGCAGAAACAAUCUACCUUUCCAGUAAACCAGUGGAUCUCACUUAAAUGCUGCACCUCAUGGAAUCAAGUUGAUUUGAUGCCUAAAACCUUGUACCUCUAUGGUCUGGCUUUGGGGAAUAAAACCCUCAGUGCUAAAUAAUGAAUCCAAUAGUUACAACUAUGCUGAUCUAUAUAUUGAUCCUGCUCUUGUCACGUUUUUUUAACAUGUUCUUGAAGCCAAAUAAAAGCCAAUAUUGUAAUGGA